GCACGGUCAGGACCGCGAGGACGGCACCUUUCUGGUGACCACCACCAUCGGCGGCUACUACGGCGGAGAGGUGGAUGUGAAUUUCACCCACAGCUAUGACCCAGACACCAACACCUGGACGCAAAAGUGUGAUCGUGAUCCUGGGCUCCAGAAGGUGAGCAAUCAGGUUUGCUUCAGGCUCCACUCGGAACCUCGAGUGAUCGAAAUCUGGUGCGUCAACGACGAAGCCCGGAACUCUGGCAUGGAGGUCUCCAUUGGGCUGAAGGCCAUUUGCGGUAACAUCCUCAGCUCCCUGGGUGCCCCAGAGGGCACUGAGAUCGAAGUGAAGGCGGAUCAAGCCUCCCGCGAUGGAUCUGGCAAGCUGUCGGCGCAAAGCGCGCCGCUGGACAGCUUUUGCACCAGUCCUGAGAAGUUCAUCGAUGCAGCCAUGGAGAUCGUGAAAGCCGGGAAGGGCGCCUUCGGCAUGGUGGAUUUCGCCAUCUUGGAGGACAACGGCUCCAGCUUCAAGACGAAGGAAUCCGUCGACACGGACGGCAAGGGUGACAUCAAAGUGAACUAUUGCUUGCAUGUCUACGACAAGAGCAGCAACACCAUCAUGUCCACACUCCACAAGGACGAGAACUUCACCACGAAGAUCGCCUCCUACGUGACCAAGGUUUACACUUCGCCCUUCGUGGUGGAGCAGUACUUGGAGUCUUACCCCGUGCGCCAUGCUGGAGCAGAUGUGGUCAAGGCGGUAGGGCCUCAGGCGCAGAAGCUGCGCUGCGGAAAGUGUGCACGCGGCUGAACGCGGUGGAAGAAAGGCAUGAAGGAGAGAUGUGUUACUGCAAUAUAAGCUGCAUAUCAUUUGUUCUUCCGAAGUGUAUGAUGUUGGAACUCGGGAAGGGAAAGGGUGCACAGUUGAUGGUACUUUGGCCUAUUUCAAGCGAGAAUUAGAGGAGCAAAGAGUGUUGAAGGUGUUGAAGGUUGUUGCUGGUGGCAGUGUUCAAGUCACACACAGCUCUGGAUGAGGUAAACACAGUGCAUGGAUACACUGGUUUGGUUGGCUUUGCCAAGAAGGAUGACUUUGUAAAUAACGACUCCGAGUCUGACGAGCGAAUCGAGAGAGCACCUUUCCCCGCCUGAAACUCUGGGGUUCGUUCGCAGGGAAUUUUACGCCUGGCGCAUAGGUACCAAGCAUCUGCCGCCUGCCAACCCUUUGGCUGAUAUGCCAAGCAUAGUGCCCUAAACCCGCCUAGAGGCCUAGACCCUUCGAAGCUCUACAGGGUGCUCCUACAGCUGCCUUUGCCUUCGAUCUUCGCUGUCCCUUUUUCUGCAUCGCCGCCAACAUGUCAAGCAUCUCCACCAGGACGCUCGACACAAAUUAUCCACCCAUCUGGAAAAGACUGCCUUACUAGCCCGAGGAAGUCUCACUAUUCCUUACUCCGAUUGGUCUCACUUGUCUCCCCACUUACUGUGCCUACUGUGCGGCCUGCGUGAUCGGCCUCGAGCAGAAGGAGCAGAAGGAGCUUCCUUUCGCCCCCGGACCCUUUCGCCAACGAGUGGACACGUCCCAUCUGCUUGCUUCCCCAUUCGAAGGGUGACUCCGACGGCCCGGAGCUCGGCACAGAACGGUGACGCCUUUUCCGCGGCGAAGCUCCGCCGGUGAGCGGGAACAGGUGGAGGCGGUCUUGACCAAAGCAGUGGAAGAGGAGUCUGGCUGAGUGAAGGCGGCAGUUGGCCGCUGUUGGCGAUGUUUGUUCAUUGGCCGAUGGUCGCACUGCCAGUGGACUCGUAGUCUUAGAAUCUCCUAGACUGUAGGGCCAAGGUGGUCCAGCAUGACGGCCAGGUGCUUUUGGAUGGUGGUUGAAUUUGUGACAGAUUGAUGUUGCUUUGCUUAGGGUGAAUACGGCCAGGCAUGAGUGCUCUCGUAUCUGUUUGUACCUACAUCAUAUUUCCUCAGCAAAAGCGGAGCAGUCACAGGAGGAACUCGAGAAACCUCG